AGUAGAAGAGCGCCGACCACCGCAACUGCGUCUCACUAUCGUUCGUUAGUCUGCAUUCAGUUACUUAAUCACUACACACUGCUAGCCCCAGUUUGUUUGUUUCGUUCAAGUGCCAGCUGACAGAAUGAACGCCUUAUUACUACACCUAUUGAUACUUUGUGUCAGUGUCAUUUCUUCGCCGGUGGACUACCCAAUAAAAGUAGAUUUACCAGUUUACGAUGAGCCCGAUACUCCACAUCAGUCUAAAGAAAUCCAUUUAGCUGAGCCAGUGCAUACCGAAAACCAUCCACGUGACGACUCGUUAAACAGAAAUACCAUUUCCUCAAAGUCAAAGCUGGAAGCAUUUACGGGUUUAGUUAAUUCGAAGUCGGAAUCUAUUGGUAAACUCGGCUAUUUUGCUUUACCGUCAUAUGAAGUAGAAAGUGCUGUAAUGGAAACUGAAGGAUUUGGUAGCAAAAAGCUGUCCAUCAAAGAAAACAUCCAACAUGCUGCCGCUGGAUUUCUUCAGCCCAAACCCAUCGUGGAUACCAUAAAGGAAGAAGAAAAAUAUGGCAACAACGGUGAUAAGUUCUACAAAGUCGGAAAAGCGGUGGUGGGUGGUGCCGAGGGUAUCUCUAACUUCGUCAAUGCUAUCAUUGCAAUACCGGGUUCAUUAAUAUCAUCUAUAACACGGUCAGCGACUGCAAAAUUAAACAAUAUCGGAGGAAAACUUGUAGGGCUAUAAAUAUUGAUAUAAAUAAGCAUAGUAUUUGUGUAAGCGUUAAAUAUAAAUUUAAUUUUGUUUAUGUACAAAUCUUUAAUAUUUUAAAAUAAAGUUAAAAUAAAAACAAAUCACUUCA